AUGCACGUACGAAAGUUGACAAACGUUCUGCUCGGCGUCACUUGUGCACUCUGCAUUUUCACCGCAUUCCUCGUCUUUAUCGUGGCGCUCAUCUACAUGAGUAUCUUUGUGUUUUCCUCGAACGGAAAAGGAGCCGGGGGAUGUUCACGAGGCGAUCAGUCCCGAGGAAUGGAGUGCGCGCCGGUGAGUUGUAUUUUUAUAUUGUAGCGGUUUUGUAGUACUUUGUUCUUCUAGAUAGUCACUUUUUCGUGAAAUCACGCGACUACUGUAGCUUUCAAAAGUGUGCAAUAAUUUUUGCAUACUCACAACUCUAGAGUUCUUCCUUCCACGAGCUGCAUUAGAUCGUAAAACGAACUGUCAACUACAAAAGAAACUACUAGAUAUGAAGAUUUGACAAACAGUUUGGAAGUCAACAGUCUUUUUCUAAGAUUUAUAAUGUUUUUUUUCAGAGAAUUGAAGAGCUCUCGCUGGCUCUGGAGGAGCUGGAGCCCGGAUACGCCAAUCCGGGCAGGUUCAAGGAAAUUGCCAACUUUUGUAAUAUCACCUUGGAAUGCGUGGCGCCUAUCAAGUGCAAAAGCAUCACCAAAGAAUACGAAUUCGUUAAAGCAUCCUGUGCAGUUUUCGAGUUAGCCUCCAACGAUAUAACUCUCUGCUUAAAAAGGGUAAAAGGCAUUUUCGGUAUACUGCACGAUUCCUAAUUCUGAUUCAAUUUUCAGCUCCAAAAACGUUUCCUCCACGGCACGCAAAGCUGCAUUCACCAGAUAUUCUCGUCUCCCAAUGAAAACAACAAUGAGAUCAUGUGUCACGUUUAUCGCGCGAAUCGAGAGUGCUCCGAGUCGGAAAUCCGUCAGACAUGCGGAGAAGAGCUGGUGGACAAGUACGAGGAGCUUCUCGACAGAAUCAUGGAGCUGUUCAACUGUCAGCAGACUAAUUAA